AUGUGGCUAACGUCUGGUAAACUCUCUUCAGUAGUAGAAGUAGUAGAAGCCGAUCAUAGCUAUCCAGGACAAGAUAAUGCCGACGAGAAACUGCAGGCGUUUAAGAAAACUCUACUGAUAGCAACGCUUGGAAAUGUCAUACUACAUUACGCGAACUCCGCCCCGGUGGGUAAUGAUAGUGUCACGGUGAUGAUCGUCAAAUAUGAGAACAUACAAUCGGAGAAUGGAUAUGAAUUCCAGUAUGAGACGAGUGACAAACAAACCCGACACGAAAUUGGAGCUUACCACACGGAUUCGGAGGGCAACGCAUAUUUAGAAGUUCAAGGAUCAUACAGUUACGUUUCACCUGACGGGCAAUUUCAAUCGGAAUCUUACAUCGCUGACAAAGAUGGAUACAGGCUUAGGGCGUCUAUGCCAAUCAUUCCACCUGCAGGCUUGCCCCCACUCGAAAUAUCGGAUAAGGUCCUCAUCUCUUUGCUAGGAUAA